UAGGAGGAGGAAGAGAGGGAGGUGAAAGGGAGUCGAGAGGAGGAGUUUUCCAGCUCAGACCCACGUCUGCUCCUACCCCCCCACCCCCCACCCCUUUCCCUUCCUCUUCUCUUUGCUCCUCCAGCCCCCCUGGUGGAACCCAAGGCAUCGGGAGGGAAGGAGAGCGGGCCGUGCACUAUGGGCAGCUCCUCGGUCCGGCUAGCGCUACUGCUGCUGCCCCUCCACGCCUGGCUCAGCCUCGGCUUCCCAGGUUCCGGAUACUCACCACUAGAAGAUGAUGAAGAUGUGUAUUCAUACCCUAGACAGACAGACACUCCAUGGUGCUCUCCCAUCAAAGUCAAGUAUGGUGAUGUGCACUGCAGAGCACCUCAUGGAGGGUACUACAAAAAUGUCUUGGGGACAAGGUGUGAUGUUCGAUGCCGAAAGGGUUAUGAGCUGCACGGCUCUUCCCAACUGACUUGCCAGCCAAACAAAAGGUGGUCAGACAAGGUUCUGUGUAAACAAAAGCGGUGUCCUACCCUUUCUAUGCCAGCAAAUGGGGGAUUUAAAUGUGUAGAUGGUGCAUACUUUAACUCCCGAUGCGAGUACUAUUGCACCCCAGGAUACACACUGAAAGGAGAACGCACUGUUGUGUGCAUGGACAACAAGUCUUGGAGUGGCAGACCAGCAAUGUGUGUUGAUGUGGAGCCCCCUAGAAUUCAAUGCCCCAGUGUAAAGGAGCGGAUAGCAGAGCCCAAUAAGCUGACUGUCCGAGUGUACUGGGAGUCUCCGGAGGGAAGGGACACUGCAGAUGGCAUUCUUACUGAUGUUAUUUUGAAAGGCCUGCCUCCAGGGUCAGAUUUCCCAGAAGGAUACCAUAAAAUCCAAUACACUGUCUAUGACAGAGCUGAAAACAAGGGGACUUGUAAAUUCCACGUUAAAGUCAGAGUUCGGCGUUGUAAUAAACUUCAUGCUCCAGAGAAUGGCUACAUCAAAUGCUCCAGUGAUGGCAAUAAUUACGGUGCGACCUGUGAGUUUUCCUGCACUGGAGGCUAUGAGCUACAAGGUAGCCCAGCCAGAGUGUGUCAGUCCAACUUGGCCUGGUCAGGCACAGAUCCAACUUGCAAAGCAAUGAAGAUCAACGUGGGCGUCAGAACAGCUGCUGCCCUUCUGGAUCAAUUUUACGAGAAAAGAAGGCUCCUUAUUGUGUCUACCCCAACUGCCCGUAACUUGUUCUAUAGGGCACAACUUGCAAUGCUACAGCAAUCACAGUGUGGCCUGGACCUAAGGCACAUCACAGUUAUUGAACUGGUUGGCACAUAUCCAACACUGAUUGGAAGAAUAGGCGUGAGGAUCAUGCCCCCAGCACUAACCCUACAGCUCAGGCUGCUGCUGCGGAUCCCCCUUAACACCUUCAGCAUAUUAUUGGUAGAUAAGCACGGCAUGGAUAAAGAACGCUACAUGUCCAUAGUGACACCAGUAUCCCUUUUCAAUCUGAUUGACACUUUCCCCUUGAGAAAAGAAGAGAUGGUUUUACAAGCUGAAAUGGGCCAGGCAUGCAACUGAUGAUGAUGAAAUCUGGAAACUUCUGAAUGGUGAAUGGAUUCCAUUUCCCUACCUACAUAAUACCCAAAGCAUGCCUUUAAAAAUGUCACUGAUGUACAGAUUUCUUUUGUAAUUUUAAAAUUUUAUUUUAUUAUGUAACUUCUUUGCAUCUAAAAAUGAACAUUAUGGGUGUUUUUUGGUCUCUCUGGAAAAUUUCAUACUAAUAACAGACUUUAGAAUUUCUAACCCUCUCUGUCCUCACUACACCCUCCUCCUACUCCAUCUCACUAAAGUAAGUGACCUUGUACAGAAUUUUAUAGACUAUGGCAACAUACAGAUCUGGAACAUUUCAUUCAGUGCAUAAUGGAACUCUCUUACAUUGUAUUUUUUAAAUUAAAACUUUUAUUAAUAAAAUAUUUUGGGGCAAAUUCAGAAUUGAGUAUUUUGAAAUUCACUUUACAUGUAUAGACUUAGCACUGAUUAUGUAAACAUCUAAACUGCAGACUGGCUUUUAUGAGAGUGUGAGGGGGGAGAGAGAGACAGAGAGAGACAGAGAGAGACAGAGAAUCAGAGUGGCAACCUUGGUCUCAUUCUUUCAGAGCAAGGAAGCAACAUCUCCCUCUUAGAGUUCUAGGGCUACCCUUGAGGCAUUCUUGGAUUUUAAAAUCAUUGAGAGUAGGGAUGAUUGCUUGCCUUUUUCUGUAUCCCCAGUGCUCAGCACAGUGCCUGGCACAUAGUAGGUAUUUUAAAAUGUUUAUUGACUGACUGUGGAGUGUCAUUCUUUAAUGCUAUCAGCUUGAGCCCCCAUUCCAGUGAAUUUUGCUCACUUUUAGCUGCUAGUAAUAGAUCCCCCAAUUCUACUUAACCAAAAAUCACAUUAAUUUUCUUUUACAAAGGAAUAUUACUGUGAACAUAUAGAAAGACCAGAAGUAUAGAAGCACACUUUUUCCUAUAUCAUCUCAGUCUCUGAGGAGAUGGAGUUCAAACUUAAAGCAUUUCUUGCAUAGCAUUCAUUCUACCAAGCUCAAUUUCUAAUUCUGCAUACUGAUAGACAGAGAGACAGACAAAUAGGUAGAUGGCAUGAGCAUCUAUUAAGUGCCUACUAUGCCUCUGGUCUUGUGCAAGGCACUAGGAAUACAAACCC